UUGACGACCACCUGGUGAUCAUGACAAUUCUCGUUGAGGUCCCUGUCAUCUGUCGUUCCUCCGUCCCUGUCACCGAGACCCGCGCAAAGGAACUCCAUGGAGAGUGUCAUUUCUUUAGCACUGGUUCUCGUGGCCGUGCUGAUGCUCGGGCCUGCGACAUCCUUCGCCGACACAGAAAAUGUAGCUGACAGUGAACUGAGGGCUGCUGUGACCCGACUCCAGGUGGCCCUCGAUCCGCAGUCAGAAAUUCUCCGAAGUCUGUUAAAAACAAAGUUCUUUGAACCUCGCUGCCCUUAUCCCUUCAGCAAUGUUAUGGACGAAUGCUUCUUCGUGAGUAAGUUCAGGGUGGAUUGGCAUCAAGCGCGCCUCCACUGCCUGGGAAUGGGGGCCGAUCUAGCAACGCACACUCAGCUCCACGCGCUCAAGAUUUUCGUCAUACAAGCAUCGAUUAGAAGAGGCUCUUUUUGGGUCGGAAGUACAGACGAAGGAAUGGAGGGAGAGUGGAAGUGGCUUGACGGAGAGCCCAUCGACGUAAGCCUUUGGGCAGAGGGAAAUCCGAACCACGAAUUCGGAAAUCAACAAUGUCUCGCCAUGAGGGAAGAACAAACCCCGCCCUUACGACACUAUGAUUGCAAUUCGCUUAGAUACUUUGCGUGUCACUACAAACGUGAAGGGGAAGAAACCUUGUGAAUGAUUUAGAAAGUGAAUACGAAUGAAUAUAUAUAUAUAUAUAUAUAUAUAUAUAUAUAUAUAUAUAUAUAUAUAUAUAUAUACACACACGCUAAUAUAUAUAUACACGAAUAACACACGCACACGCACACGCACACGCACACGCACACGCACACGCACACGCACACGCACACGCACACGCACACGCACACGCACACGCACACGCACACACACACACACACAC